AUGUCGGCACCUCAGGAUUCUAUUCCCGGCAACGGAAGCGACAUCCUCGAUCAGAUGGAUCAGCUUAGAAUGGAUGACCGCCUUGGCCCUGAUGGCGAACCCGCCCCUAAGACGGACGAGGAGUAUGCCCAGGCCCAGCUCACCCUUCGUGCGAUUGUCUCUUCCAAGGAAGCGGGUGUCAUUAUUGGCAAGGGCGGCAAGAACGUUGCCGACCUUAGAGACGAGACUGGCGUUAAGGCCGGCGUCAGCAAAGUUGUGCAGGGUGUUCAUGACCGUGUUUUGACCAUCACCGGCGGUUGCGACGCUAUUUCUCGAGCCUACGCGAUUGUAGCUCGCGCUCUGCUCGAAGGUGCCCCCGCUAUGGGUAUGGGAGGUGUAGUUCAAAGCAACGGUACCCAUCCGAUCAAGCUCCUCAUCUCACACAACCAGAUGGGAACCAUCAUUGGAAGACAAGGUCUUAAGAUCAAGCACAUUCAGGAUGCUUCUGGUGUACGUAUGGUUGCCCAGAAGGAGAUGCUCCCUCAAUCCACUGAGAGAAUAGUCGAAGUUCAGGGCACUCCCGAGGGUAUCCAGCGCGCUAUCUGGGAAAUUUGCAAGUGCUUGGUUGAUGAUUGGCAACGAGGCACUGGCACCGUCCUCUACAACCCUGUUGUCCGUACUCAGCCAUCUGGCAGCGGGAACGCCAGCGGCGGUGCAGGAUUCAGUCAAGGCUCCGGUAGAAGUGAUUAUGGUGGUAGCCCUCGUGUCAUGCGAACAGGCAACGGCGCCGAUUUCAGCAACGGUAGCUCAAGGCCGUACAACCGCCGUUCCGAUUCUGACGCAGCUCUUCGAGGCCCGCCAACACACGAUGAGAAUGGUGAGGAGAUCCAGACUCAGAACAUCAGCAUCCCCGCGGACAUGGUUGGCUGCAUCAUUGGUCGUGCCGGUAGCAAGAUUAGCGAGAUCCGAAAGACGUCUGGCGCCCGUAUCUCUAUUGCCAAGGCACCUCACGAUGAGACUGGCGAGCGCAUGUUUACCAUCAUGGGCACCGCCAAGGCCAACGAAUCGGCGCUAUUCCUUCUGUACGAGAAUUUGGAGGCGGAGAAGAUGCGCCGAAGUCAGCUCCAGGAGCCCGAGUAG